AUGUCCUGCCAGCAGAGCCAGCAGCAGUGCCAGCCCCCUCCCAAGUGCACCCCCAAGUGCCCUCCCAAGUGCCAGACACCAAAGUGUCCCCCAAAGUGUCCUCCUAAGUGCCCUCCUGUCUCUUCCUGCUGUGGUUCCAGUUCCGGGGGCUGCUGUGGUUCCAGCUCUGGAGGCUGCUGCAGCUCUGGAGGUGGUGGCUGCUGCCUGAGCCACCACAGGCCCCGCAGAUCUCUCCGUCACAGACACGAGAGCUCUGGAUGCUGUAGCAGCGGUGGCAGCAGUGGAUGCUGUAGCAGUGGUGGCAGCAGUGGCUGCUGUGGCAGCAGUGGUGGCAGCAGCUGUGGCAGUAGCCAGCAGUCUGGUGGCUGUUGCUAA